UGUGCUCCAAUCGUGCCGGAUUGAAUGACAUGGAACGAAGACGCGUGUGCAGUGAAGAAUAGUGACUGGCAUGUUAAGGAAUGGAAUGAGCCUGUGUGGCCAAGUUCGCGGACCGCUGCUGUGUUACCGGCACUUCCGAGAUGUGUACGGCUUUCCUCGAGGAUACGGAACUUUGCUCAUCCGCCAGUCAUGUGCCUUCAAAGGAAGUGCUUCAGCCCCGGAACGUCGGCAAGAGUUGUGACGCGGUGCCCAAGUACUGCUCGUUCCGCAGCCACCCGGGCAUGUGCCUGACGGGCGUGAAGCGCUUCUACUGGGACAGACGGUCCAACAAGUGCCGCCAGUUCCACUACAACGGCAGCUUCGGCAACGCCAACCGAUUCGAGACGUUCGACGAGUGCCGAAGAGCCUGCGACAUCCGAAGAGAGUACAAGCCAGUAUACAGGUGAAAAGAAGACGCGGGUAGAUAUGAAGACGUGCAUGCUCGACUCCUACAGCACAUAAUAAAAAGCAAGUCCAUAUUUCGUUCAA